GACUUUGUGGGCAGGGCCUCUGCGGAAGGGCAACCUCGUGGUGUCGCCGGGUUUGGAUCACAGCAUCUCGUCUACCUGUGCAGUCUGAUUUUGAGCGACCUCUUCUUGUAGUCCGACAGGGCAAGAGCUCCUGUUUUCUGACUACUAGUACGUACGUUUCUUCGGGCAAAUCUUGUGUAUACUCCCCCACCAUGGCUCAGCUCCAGACACGCUUCUACACUGAGAACAAGAAAUAUGCUGUUGAAGAUGUUCCCUUCUCAAUCCCUGCCACCUCUGAAAUUGCCGACCUUAGUAACAUAAUCAACAAACUGCUACAGGCCAAAAAUGAGUUCCACAAACAUGUGGAGUUUGAUUUCCUUAUCAAAGGACAGUUUCUGCGAAUGCCCUUGGUCAAACACAUGGAGCUGGAGAACAUCUCAUCUGAAGAGGUUGUGGAGCUAGAAUAUGUGGAGAAAUACACUGCACCCCAGCCGGAGCAAUGCAUGUUUCAUGAUGACUGGAUCAGUUCCAUUAAAGGGGCAGAGGAAUGGAUUUUAACUGGUUCUUAUGAUAAGACUUCUCGUAUCUGGUCCUUGGAAGGAAAAUCAAUAAUGACAAUUGUAGGACAUACAGACGUUGUAAAAGAUGUGGCCUGGGUGAAAAAAGAUAAUUUAUCUUGCUUACUACUGAGUGCCUCUAUGGAUCAGACAAUUCUCUUGUGGGAGUGGAACGUAGAGAGGAACAAAGUGAAAGCUCUGCAUUGCUGCAGAGGUCAUGCUGGAAGUGUGGAGUCUAUAGCUGUUGAUAGCUCAGGAACUAAAUUUUGCAGUGGCUCCUGGGAUAACAUGCUAAAGAUCUGGUCGACAGUCCCAACGGAUGAAGAAGAUGAAAUGGAAGAGUCCACAAAUCGACCAAGAAAGAAACAGAAAACAGAGCAGCUGGGAUUGACAAGGACUCCUAUUGUGACCCUCUCUGGCCACAAGGAAGCAAUUUCCUCGGUUCUGUGGUCAGAUACUGAAGAAAUCUGCAGUGCCUCUUGGGACCAUACGAUUAGAGUGUGGGAUGUUGAGUCUGGCAGUGUUAAGUCUACUUUGACGGGAAAUAAAGUGUUUAAUUGUAUUUCCUAUUCAUCACUUUGUAAACGUUUAGCAUCUGGAAGCACAGAUAGGCAUAUCAGGCUGUGGGAUCCCAGAACUAAAGAUGGUUCUUUGGUAUCGCUGUCCCUGACCUCCCAUACAGGCUGGGUCACAUCCGUAAAAUGGUCUCCUACCCAUGAACAGCAGCUGAUUUCGGGCUCUUUAGAUAAUAUGGUCAAGCUGUGGGAUACAAGAAGUUGUAAGGCUCCACUCUAUGAUCUGGCUGCUCAUGAAGACAAAGUUCUGAGUGUAGACUGGACAGACACAGGGUUACUUCUAAGUGGAGGAGCAGACAAUAAAUUGUAUUCCUACAGAUACUCACCUACCACUUCCCAUGUAGGGGCAUGAAAGUGAAUGAUAAUUUGGUUCUGGAGAUGUGUUCAGUAACUGAAAUCGGUAGAGAAUCAUUGGAUUACGAUGAUGCAAAUGUAGAAAGCUGCCUUUUAGAUUAAAUUUAAUGUAAUGUUUUCAUCCUUCUUAAUAGCUAACAUACUCUUUUGUAUUUUUAUUUUGUAUUUAAAUAUUAUAGUUUGUGCUGACUAUAAAGUAUAAUAUGUGGCUUGUGUUCUCUAUCCUAUGCAAACUCUUGAAAUUAAACUGAGUUUUUAAAUUUCUUUUUUAAAAUAUCGAUUUGAAUUAGGAUUUGAUUUUGAAAUGCUAAGAAAGAAUGUGUUCAAAAUAGAGUAAUUUUCCAGAUUUUUCUGUUAGCUCUUUAUAAAAAGCAUCUAGAAAAGACUAAUAAAAAUUUAUUAGCAAAAAAAUUAGAAAUACAAUUACCUUUUGGUAAAAUAAGUGAUAUAAGAAAAUAAGACUUUGUAGGUAUUCAGAACAUUAAAAAUGUAAAUGUUGCCCAUUUAUUAAGAAUUGAGAUAUUUUAAGUGAAGCAAUUUAUGUUAAAAAUGUCAGCCUUUAAAAAUUUCAUGUAGAUUUUACUGUAAUCAGGAAUCUCCUCUCUCCCUAAUCUGUCCUCACAUGUAGAUGAGAAUACAUUCUUGAGGCAAAAUCUUUCAGUCAGUAUUAAACAUUUACAAAUUUUAUGAUAUCAUUAGCAUUUAUAUUUAUGUAUAGUGUGUAUAUACAAAAUAUUUAAAGCAAAUAUCUUUUUUUUAAUGUGACUUCCCUCUUUAAUGGAUUGGUAUUUCUCAAGCAAGGCACUUAUGACCUUUUGGUAACACGUGGGAAAUCAGUUUGGUAUCAUCAUUUGAUUGUAAUACAGCAUAUCUCAAAUGAUGUUUCUGUCCUAGAAGUCUUAGAACUACAUCUAUAUGUGGCUGCAGUUGAGAGCCAAAUUAACAGUGGAUUGAGCCAGUUGGGAGUUUAGUUCUUUUCAAUUAAGUCCAGAGGCUGCCCAAGGUUGGUAUAGUGGUUUUGUUUCACAUUCCUUAGGGCUCCCUCCACCCUUACGAUAUUGGCCCUUAUUUUCCUAGAGACCAAGAGUUAGAGUUACAGUUAUGACAUCAUUUCUUUUUUUUUUUUUUCUUAAGAGAGAUUUUUUUACUAUAGGGUAUGUGCACUUACCAGAGAGUCAA